AAGCCCUGCGACACGUGGGCCGCAUGCGUAGUCGAGGCAGACGGGACGAGGAAGGGCACCUCCGAACGGGCGGCCCGGAUUCGAGACUCCGCGCAUGCGCCUGAGGGUUGCGCUGGAUCGGCGUGGGUUUGGCUGGGAAGCCCGCGGGGGGAUCUUAAGGAUCGCUCUUUCCGGGCCACUGGAUCAGGGAUCGCGGCUGGGAAUCCCAUCCUUGCAGCAGCCAUCUGGAUUCUGUUUCCUCUUUUAAAUUCGGAUAUUUUUUCCCGUUUUCUCUGCUGGAAGACGUCGUCAUGGUACAACUCGGGCGGCCCCUGCUGAGGAAAUACCGCAACGUCCGCGUGGUCAUCCGGAUGUCCCUCGGCGGUUGCACGAACCGGCCUUUCUACCGGAUCGUGGCCGCCCACAACCGGCGCGCCCGCGACGGCAAAUACCUCGAGCAGAUUGGCUGCUACGACCCACUGCCCAACCGCUACGGCGAGAAGAUUAUGGGGCUGAACUUCGACCGGUUCAAAUAUUGGUUUGCCUACGGAGCGACCCUGACCAAACCCCUUGAAAAACUGCUAGGUCUUUCUGGAUUCCUUCCCCUGCAUCCGAUGACAGUCACAAACGCGGAACGGCUAAGGAAGAAAAAAGCCCAGGAGGCAGAGAAGGAGGCCGAAAACGAAGAAGGAGAAAAGGAAGAUUUGGAGGAAAAGCGGGGAGAACAACAGCAACAUUGAGUGAGAAAAACCUCACAUUGCUGGAGACUGAAAGGAUAAUGUUGAUUUUAGGGUGGUGGUUUUUUAACGCACGACGGUGUGACCUCGGUUUACAAAACCUCACCUUGGAUUCUUACUCGUUUGAAGGAAAGUUGGCUCCUGUCUUUAAAAGAGGCACACACACCUUGUAGCGCGCACCAAAACAAAAGGUCUGGUUCGCACAACCUGGAACUCGUGUCUUCCUAGCCUGAGCGGCUUUUCAUGCAAUUAAAUCCCAAAUUUAAAACGAACCACAGAAAAGUUCGGAUUCGAUGCCGCUGUGGGUCGCGGCUGAGCUGCGGCCACAUUUUAGCGGAAUU